GCAAAAUAUCAUAAAAGAAGAAUGCAUCAACAGUGUGAAUGUUUAAUUGAAUAUCAAAGGAAUUUGUAGAUACAGUUGUUUACAUCAUGGAAGAUUAUACCCCUAUUGAUGAAGAUUUUCCUGGUCGUUUGUUACAUCAAGCUGCUUUAUGGGAUAAUGCAGAAUUGUUAGAGGAUCUAUUACGAGGAGAGCAUGCACAAUACAUAAAUAGUCAAGAUUCAUGGGGUAGGACACCAUUACAUGCUGCAGCUAUUACUGAAAAUUCAAGGUGUUUGGAUGUAUUAUUAUCUGCUGGAGCUAAUCCUAAUACACCAUGUGGACCACGAGGUCAUUAUAGGACACCAUUACAUAUUUGUGCAGAACAUGGUCAUAGUUCAAACAUUGAAAAACUUUUGAAAUUCAAUGCUAACCUAAUGAUUCAAGACAACAAUGGUCAGAGACCAGCAGAUAUAGCUGAAAAAUCUAAACAAGAUGUCUGUAUAAAUUUAUUUAAAUUAGCAGCUGAAAAAUAUGAAUUAACAAAACUUGCAGUACAUGCUUCUUUACGUGCAACCUGCAUUCAAGGAGAUAGUAUGGCAGCUAAAAAUAUUAUACAAGGACAUACAACUGAUUUGGAGUGCAUUAUUAAUAUGGCACCAAAUGGUGCAAAUACUCUGCUUUUUAUAGCAUGUGAAAUGGGACACAAAGAGAUAGUUCGUCUGCUUCUGGAUCAUGGUGCAGAUUGCAGAAUGCAUCCUGUUACCAAAUACUGUCCAUUGUAUAUAGCCUGUUAUAACGGUAAAGUAGAAAUCGUAGAACUGCUACUCCGAAAUUUUCCUAAACAAGUACAAUCUUUAACAGUGGAAAAAUGGUUACCAAUUCAUGCAGCUGCUAUAAAUGGUCAUCAUUUAGUUAUUGAUUUACUAUUGAAAUUCGAAUAUCCGCAGCACACGUAUCAACGUUACAAAGAUUCAUCCGGAGAGUUCGAGUACGAGAUGCCAUUUGAUAUAAAUACUCAAGAUGUUACAGGACAAAAUGUUCUUUAUAUAUCUAGCAUGCUCGGGAAUAUUAAGAUCGUAGAAUUGUUGUUAAACUAUAAAGUAAAAGCGAGAAAAAUCAAAGAGGAAGACAUAGGAGUGGCGCAACCGAUUCCUAUGUCGAAAAGAAAAAUUUCAAGCGGAAUACAAAGAUUAAUGUCUAGUUUAAACUUUAGAAGCAAAGCGUUCGAUAAAAAGGAUGACAAUAUGAUAUGUCCAUUAAAUUUAGAUUUGUAUUGCAGCAAUGCUACCGAAACUUCUUUACACACCGCGGUAAAAGGCAAACACACAGAAGUAGUUACCGCUUUAUUAUUGGCAGGUGCCGAUCCUAAUUUGCCUGUAAAAGUUCCUUACGAUCAGAGCGAUCCAGAAAGUAAUUAUUCUAGUGCAUUAAUUAUAGCCUGUCAACAGCGUGACAUCAAGAUUGCCGAUCUUUUAUUGAAGCACGGUGCUGUGGAUAAUACAUGCAAAGCAAUCAAAAUUGCCGCACAAAAUCGGGACGAGCCUCUGACGGCAAAACUUUUAUCUAUAAAAGCUUAUCCAGAUUCAGAAUACAAAAUCAAUAAAAAAGCUAUGACAGAAUGUACUCAAACUUCUCACUUUUCUGCGUUAUCCUCGUUUGGAAAUGUUACAUACUCGACGCUAUUUCCGAAUACACCUACGAUGAUAAACUGGCACGAUCAACAGUGUCAUCUCUCGCAAAUACGAGCUCAAUGGUUGACCGAUGCCGUAUUACACGUAAACAAAAAGCUAAGUGCUAAAAAUAACGAUUUGGUACUGUACGCUAUCACGAGGAUAGAUAUUUCUCAUAAUUCCAUCACAUCUGUACCAUCCACUAUAUUUUAUUUACAGAGUUUACGAUACCUUAAUAUAGCGCAAAAUAAAAUAGAUACUCUUACAGCUGAACAAAAAAACCCUAAAGACAAAUUAUGUCCAGUUCUGGAAGAGAUGUACCUCCAGGAUAAUCGAUUGGAACAAUUGCCGGAGUUCAUAAUGAAUCUACCCGGACUGGAGAUCAUGGACGUUUCGAACAAUAAACUGCAAUGUCUUCCGGACAAUUUAUGGCGGGCGCCAAAAUUAAAGGAAUUGAACGCGUCUUUUAAUUUGUUGAAAGAUUUACCAAGUCAAGUAUCACAAAAUAUAACACGAAAAUUGCAACGGGAGGACUGUCUGAACAAUAGUCCAAGUAGUCGAAGUUUAGCGUCGCAAUUGGCUAUAUCACGGGAGGACUCGUUGGAAUUUGAGUCAUUCACUAAAAUAGCGAACGCACAAAUCAUCGAAAUGGAUCGUCCUCAUGUAUGGACUAAGUCCGUUCAAGUGUCGGAAAAAAUUUCAGACGACAAUGAAGGUGGAGCAAGAUCGGUGCUGGCAUCGUUAAACUUGGCACAUAACUUAUUCAAUAGUAUUCCAGUGGCGUUGCCGUGUUUAGCUGUUAAUCUGGUACGAUUGAACAUGGCUUACAAUUCUCUUAGAUCCAUGAGCCAUAUAACUUCGUAUCCAGCAAGCUUAAAGCAGUUAGAUUUAUCAAACAAUCAAAUCUCUCGUUGGCCCAGUUUACCACAAGUGGAUGGCGCCGACUUGAUGGAACAAGCAAACACCGCAUGUUAUUGCCCCGCAACUAACAUACAAUCUCCAAUUGUUCCAGGCAGUAACAGGCAAACGGCAACGUCGUUGCGUGAUGUAGUUCUCAUGUCGGUUUGCACGCACAGACGUCAUUUGCGUUUAGAAAAUUUAAGAACGUUGAUCCUCGCUAACAAUCUAUUGAACAGAAUUCAAUUAACAUCGGUAGACGACGGUGAAAUGCCGAAUUUAGAAGAGGAAAACAUAGACAAGGACACGAAGAUCGGUUAUUCUGGCUCUAAAUUGUACCUUUUGUUUCCUAAUGUCAGUAUGCUCGAUGUUAGCAAUAAUAGAUUAAAAGAGAUUCCACAGAACAUUUAUGAACUGAGUAAUCUGUCUGUUUUAAAUAUAAGUGGCAACUCGGAUAUCGUUGAGUUGCCACCACAAAUGGGAUUACUUUCUCGUUUGUGGAAUUUAAAUACUCAAGGUUGUAGACUACAAGAGCCUUUGAAAACAAUGAUCGAAUCGAAAAAAUAUAAAACAAUGGAUGUGAUCGGUUACUUAAAGUCAAUUUUAGAGGAUGCUAAACCGUACGCUCGAAUGAAGUUAAUGAUCGUGGGAAUUCAAGGUAUUGGUAAAACUAGCUUAUUAGAACAACUGAGGCAAGAGGGUGAAGUUCCAAGUAAGAAGAAAUCAUCGGAACAUUGGGCGAAAAGAAUGGGUAAUAAGAAUAUUAACGCAAAGACUGCUAGGGGAACAACGAUAUCUACCGUUGGCGUUGAUAUCGGAGAUUGGAUCUACGAAAAGAAAGUGAGAGGCCAGUCAUCCCACGGCCCAGUUUAUUUUAGAACGUGGGAUUUCGGUGGACAAAGGGAAUACUACGCAACGCAUCAAUACUUCUUGUCUAAGCGUAGCUUAUACUUGGUUGUUUGGAGAAUUACGGAUGGUUUUAAAGGUGUAUCUGAAAUAUUUCAAUGGUUGGUAAAUAUUCAAAGCAGAGCACCUAAUUCACCGGUGAUCAUUGUUGGCACUCAUUACGAUAUAUCUUAUGAACAUAGCGAAGCUUUACAGCAAUACAUUCGCGAUAAGUUUAUAAACGUGGUAGAUGCUGAAAAGUGUGGUUUACCAAAAGUCAUGGAGACCAUCGAAGUGAGCUGUAAAACAAGGCAUAAUAUAAAAAUGUUAUGCAAUCUGGUAUACGACGUUGUCUUUAGUUUGAGAUCAGCCGGAAGCAAAGAAUUGUUACUUGAACAAAAGGUUCCUGCCAGUUAUCUUGCCUUGGAGGAUGUGGUGAUACAGCUUGCGCACGAUAGAAAAUUGUCGGGUGCGGAUCCGGUUUUGAAAGCCGAUCAGUACUAUGGAGCAGUGAAUAACGAACUUCAGAAAUUGCACAGAUCCUUCAGAGAUCCCGCGGAACUACAUCAAGCUACACUUUUUCUCCAUGAAAAUGGCAUUAUUUUACAUUAUGACGACGCUACUUUGAAAGAUCUAUACUUUCUUGAUCCCCAAUGGCUUUGCGACAUGUUAGCGCAUGUAGUAACAAUACGUGAAAUCAAUCCUUUCGCCAGAUCUGGUAUAAUGAAAUUGGAUGAUAUUCAACAUGUUUUUAAAUCUUCAACGAUGUCGUCUAUAGAUACGCAAGGAUAUAUCGUUAGCUUGUUAAAUAAGUUCGAAGUUGCGUUAACUUGGGAUUAUCGUACAUUAUUGAUUCCUUCUUUGUUACCAACCGAAGAAGAUAUUUUAAGAAAUAAUCAAAUAAUCAAAAUUCCAGUGAAAACACGAGGUUGGCAUGUACGUUCUAAGAAAAUUACGUCUCCGAUGAUAACGUUUCAAAAUUCCUCCGGAGAGGGUAAAUCAAGCACAGAAUGUGUGCUAACAUCUAGGUCACAACCGGAUUGUUCUGUUACGAGACUGCUUUUAAUGUCUUAUUUUCCCAGCGGUUUUUGGUCGAGGCUCAUAACUAGAAUUUUAGCUGACGAUGCUAUUGCUGAGAUUGUGAUGUCAUUUUUAGCGCCUUUUAAAGAUUUCGUUGACGAUAACAUUUUUACAAGCUUGUUAGAUACACAAGCGGAAUGGGUACUUUGGCAAACAGGAAUAGAACUAAGAUAUGCUAAUAUUACUUUGUUGCGUCUCAAAGAAGUCAAUUACAAUUUAAAAAAUUCACCAUACGACUACAGGCAGUUUAAGUUUAAAUUAAAACAAGAUGGAAUAUGGUGUACAGUAGAUUUAAAAAAUUCAGCAAUUUUAGAAAUUUGGUUUCCAGUUGAUACUUUGGUGAUUAAACAACCCAUAAUGUCAGAUUCAGUUGAAGAAGAACCGAUGGGUUAUCAAGCAAUUGUAGUUGAACCUCGUCCAGAAAGUAUACCGCAAUUACUGGCGUUAAUUGUCGAUCAUAUUGAUAUUUUAUUAGAAGAUUGGUAUCCUACGUUAGGAACACGUUUUGUGCAUACAUCCGAGGGUAAAUUAUUAGUUACACGACUUAUACCGUGCCCUCGAUGUUUAUUAAAUAAUGGAGAGAAUGAAAACGAAAUUAGUGAUAAUGAUCGCUUAGCGGAAGAUAUUCAAAGAUAUUAUAUAAAUAGAGAAAGACAAAGCCAGGAUAGUUAUAAGUCUGAUGGUGAUAGCGGCGUUGGGUAUGAUAGUUUAACAUCAAGCAGAAUGCCAUCUUUAGAAGGACAUCCAGAUGUUAUUAAACAAAAUAUCCAUUCUGAAGGUAUUUUAGCAUAUUCCUGGAUGGUCGAGGAAUGUAUACUGUCUGCCUAUAGUAAUAAACCAAUUAGUUGUCCUAAACACUCUGACAUACCAUUAUCACAUGUAGCAUCGGAUAUAAUUUUUAUGGAUGGUCGAGGAGCAUUUGGGUUUGUAUUUAAAGGUGUCUGUCGUUUACCAGGAACAUAUCAAAAGGUUGAUGUUGCUAUCAAAAUGUUACAACCAGUUCCACCGGGUCCGAAUUCGAAACAAUCUGCUGUUCUUGCUUAUAAAGCUGCACAAAGUAAAUGGGAUCGAGAUCCUUUACAGUAUGCUUGUAAAGCAUACUGUACUGCAAGGCAAGAACUAAAUAUUUUGUUAACACUCAGACAUACAAAUAUUGUACCUUUAAUCGGAAUAGUAGUAAGUCCAUUAGCACUAGUAUUAGAUUUAGCACCAGAAGGUGCAUUGGAUAAUGUAUUAAAAAAUUACAGACGUUCAGGUGCUAAAUUAGAUCCAUACACAUUACAAGCUAUAAUUCUUCAGGUAGCAAAAGCUGUAGAAUAUCUUCAUCAGCAACAUGUAAUUUAUAGAGAUUUAAAAUCAGAAAAUGUUUUAGUCUGGCAGAUGCCUUUACCAUUUCAAGAUCAUCCUGAAUAUCCUGUCCAUGUUAAAGUAGCUGAUUAUGGCAUAUCCAGAUUAACAUUACCAACUGGUGCUAAAGGAUUUGGAGGAACAGAAGGAUUUAUGGCACCUGAAAUUAUUAAAUAUAAUGGUGAAGAAGAAUAUACUGAAAAAGUUGAUUCCUUUUCAUUUGGAAUGUUCAUAUAUGAAUUGAUUACCUUAAGACAACCAUUUGAGGGCCAUGAAGCAGUUAAAGAAUGCAUUUUGGAAGGUGGGAGACCACCAUUAACAUAUAGAGAAACAUUUCAUCCUUGUUAUGCUCUUGAUUUAAUGGUCAUAUGUUGGGCUCAAAAUCCAAAAGAUCGACCUACUGCAAGUCAAAUAGUUUCCAUUGCUUCUGCACCUGAAUUUACACAUCUUAUAGAUGUUAUAUUAUUAACAGAGAGAACUCAAGUAACUGCUACUACUAUGACAAAUAGGACUAUAGAAGAAAACAUAAGUGGCGAUGAAAUUUGGUUCGGACAUAAUAACGGUGAAGUUGAUAUGUUAUUAGGAACACAAAAAGGUUGGUUACAACAUGUUAGAAUUGAAACUCCAAUAAUACCAUAUGCAAUGUGUGGAGUAGAUGGAUACAUAUGGAUUGGUGAUGAUACAGGGCAAGUACAUGUUUACUUAGGCAGUAAUUUUGGUUGUGUUGCUAGUUAUAAACUUGAACUUGACCACAGUAUAGAAUCUAAAAUAGUGGGUUUAAUUUAUUUAGAACAAAUGAAACAAUUUGCAGUAGCAUUGCAUAGUGGAAAAACAUUUUUAUUAUCAAAUUCUUUCACACAAAUGAAAAAGAUGGAAAUUGUGACUGAUAUUCAAGACAAUAUAAAGACAUUUUCUUUGGCAGCUGUUUAUAAGAAAAAGCGUAUACUAGAAUUAUGGGUUGGACAAAGUUUUGGUAGAGUAUCAAUUUAUGUUUUAAAAGACAACAGUUUAAUAGAUACAGUACAAGUUUCUCAUGUAACCGGAGAUGCAGCUAUUAAAAAUGUAUUUGCUACACAUUUAUUGAGUGCUGAAAAUUUCGUUUUAUCAUAUACUUACCCUGGAUGUAUUGUGUAUCAAUGGGAUGUGGAUACUAGGCAAAUAAUAAAUAAAUUAGACAUGUCUAAAUUAGUACCUUGCUCAGAGAGUCUGAAAUCCAUUUCUAUAGAGGAAAACUUAUCAACAGAAAAGUGCCAAGUGACAGCUCUUGAAACUUGUAGAAAUCAGUUAUACAUUGGUACUACUUGGGGAUGUAUUGUAGUAGCUGAAUGUAAUUCUCUUAGACCAAUUACUGUUUUCAGGCCUUUUGAAGGCAAAGUGUGUCAAAUAAUAUCAUUUAAAUCAACAGAUGAAAAAAAAUUGGUACUGGCAACAGUUGGUCAGGGUUAUAGAAGUUUAAUUUCACGAUACACAGAUUUUCCAAUUGAUAGUUUAGAUGCAGAAGAUCUUAAGCAUAGUAUGUAUGCUCUUUUAUGGAGAUCCGAACAUUGGUCAGCUGCUUAA